GACCACGGCAGCGGCAGCGGCGGGAGGGUCGGCCGGCUGGCUCUGCUCGGCCCUCACCUUGGCUUCCAGGCGCCCCCGGCGAGGCCGCGGCCUUUCCCCGGCGCCCCCGAGGGAGAUGUAUCAGGGCUUCCCCGGAGACUACGACUCCACCUCCCGGUGCAGCUCGUCCCCUUCGGCCGAGUCCCAGUACCUCUCCUCGGUGGAUUCUUUCGGGAGCCCCACGGCCGCCGCUGCCGCCUCCUCGCAGGAGUGCAGUGGCCUUGGGGAGAUGCCCGGAUCCUUUGUGCCAACAGUGACUGCCAUAUCGACUAGCCAAGACCUGCAGUGGUUGGUUCAGCCCACCUUGAUCUCCUCCAUGGCCCAGUCUCAGCAGCCCCCGGGCCAGCAAAUGCCUCAACAGCAGCAACAGCAGCCACCUCCACCCACCGUGGACCCCUACGACCUGCCGGGGACCAGCUACUCCACCCCAGGACUGAGCGCUCCCUACGGCGCCGGCCCCUCGGGGGUGCCUGCCGCCCAGCCACGCUCCGCCAGGGCCCGGCCCCGAAGGACUCGGGAGGAAACGGUGAGCGGGGAAGAUUGUAGGGCCCUGCUUCUCCUGUGGAACUUCCUCUGGGGAGCCGGCGACGAGCUGACACCCGAGGAGGAAGAGAAACGCCGUGUCCGGAGGGAGAGGAACAAGCUUGCGGCGGCCAAGUGUAGGAAUCGCCGCCGUGAACUGACAGACCGACUUCAAGCGGAGACCGACCAGCUGGAGGAGGAGAAGGCCGAGCUGGAGUCGGAGAUCGCGGAGCUCCAGAAGGAACGCGAACGGCUGGAGUUUGUCCUGGUGGCUCACAAGCCCAGCUGCAAGAUCCCUUACGAGGACGUGCCAGAACUGAUCGGGCAGCCGGGCACCUCGGGCGAGGUGAGCUCUUUAGCCCUGGCGGUCAAGGAGGACCCCUUUGGGCCCACGGCUUACUCGUCGCUGCCCCUCCACUACCAGCAGACCCUUGGCGGAGGAGUGCAGGCCUUGUCGCCGGCGGAGGUAGCGUUUUCUAGUUCUUACUUUUCACAUGGUGAACAGCUGACCGACCCGUACCCGGCUAACCCUUCCUAUACGUCUUCGUUUGUCUUCACCUACCCAGAGGGAGCCACCUGCGGAGCCACACACCAGCGGAACAGCAGCAGCGACCAGUCCUCGGACUCUCUGAACUCUCCCUCGCUCCUUGCGUUGUGAAACUAAAAAAAAA